CAACUAUACGACUGUCUGUCACUCUCUGAUGAAAUCCAGUGAAACGUCUUAUACAUGAUGUGCGAGAAAGUGAUCCCAAUUGAAAGGUAUCUCUCGGAGACAUAGUUGUGUCAAACAGACAGACAGACAGACAUACAGCCAGUGAUUGUGGUGAUUGUGUCCGCGAUGGCCAAAAAGGCAUCGUUUGCCGACUUAUUGUAUUUGGCACUCAUUGUCAGUGUCUUGAGAAGUGAUGAUCCCAUUGAAGACAAUCAUGUGUUCAGCGGACAGUUGGUGGGGUCGGCGGUGGACGACUUGGGACCGACCACUGCUGUCAACAUAUAUCUGCAUAAUCUGCGGAACUCGUACUCAUUGGACACGAAUGUCUACACGAGUAGUGCAAAGGCUAAUGUCUUGUACGAAGAGACUAUUGAUAUGAUCCGUGAAGUGAACUCUUUGGGCCGGUAUUCACGUGAAUCCCGUUUCCAUAAUUCGCCGGUCUUUGCAUAUCUGGUCAGUCGUGGCGAACAAACCGUCGACAACGGCCUCACGGCUGCCAUCGCCUCCACCUCAUCGUCAGCCCUGUCCUCACAAACUCAACACUUGGACAGCGAGUUGUCGUCCAAUGAAUCCAAUGACUCAAGUAGUGUCACCUCUUCGCCCACUUCACCCACUCAUCCACAGCCACAGCCACAAGAAGAUGACGACGAGAGCACAUGUUUGGCCAUCAGUUUGUCUGAAUUGGAAGUGAACGAGUCAUUGGUUAACGAAGUAUUGAAAAGCGAUUGCAUUUAUGGCGAAUCCGACGACCGAGAAGACGAUGGCUUUGUUGAGAACAAUCUUCUCAGUGAUUUGGACGACGCCUUCAUCAACACGGGGUCAUCCACCGAUGGACUGGUAUCCUGUGAUGAGAUGUUGCCUAUUCUGGACCCACUGGAUGAUGGUGUCGACUCACUCUUUGACGAACUCGAGAGACUCUUAGCACCCGAAGACUCAGACAUUUUGCAGUCUAUGAAUACGGUAUAGUUUUGUUUUCAAUUAGUUUUUCUAAUUACUAGAAAUGAGUUUAAAUUCAACUAAUA